AUGGUGCAUCGUCUUUGGGAAAAGAUCCGGAUGGACACCGUCAACUUCAACGGUUUGUUCUUGUCUGCCCGCGUUGGAGUCCUGAACUAUCCAGGCAAUAUUCACGACUAUGUAACCUCGGGCCAGGUUCAGAUCAUCAAGAAAGACAUCUCGCACCUCUCCAAAAACGGAACGAUCAAUUUUGCCGACGGUACAAGUUACCAGACUCAUGCUUUGAUAGCUAUCACUGGAUGGAAGCUUUCACCAAACAUACAGUACAAGCCUGAUGGAAUUGAAGCGAGCCUCGGUAUUCCAACCGAGAGCAUGAGCAGUGAAGAGCUGGCGUUUUGGUCCCAUCUUGACAAAGAAGCCGAACGUGAAAUCCUUCAAAAGUUUCCAUACCUCACUCGCCCACCUAAGAAUGUCAUACCUUACAAGCAAAAGGUCUCACCAUACCGCUUGUAUGGCGGCAUGGCACCGCCAGGUCUGACAUCGCGAUCCGACAACUCCAUUGUCUUUAUCAAGAUAGUCCACAGCACAGCCAACAUCAUCAUUGCGGAAACACAAGCUCUCUGGGCAUACGCCUAUCUCAACGGCAUGAUCGACAUGAACAAGGACAAAGUCUACCAGGAGACCGCGCUAUCAAGCUGUUAUGGCAGAUUGCGCUAUCCUUGUGGAUUCUCAGCCUGGUACCCUGAGUUUGUGUACGAUACUGUCCCGUACGCAGACAUGUUGCUCCGGGAUCUUGGUGUCCGUAGUCGAAGAAAACGCAUUGCGACACAGGAAGUCUUUUCAGGAUAUACGGUCCAGGAUUAUAAGGGAAUCAAUAGAGAAUUGGCGGAGAAAAGGCGCUGCGACGAAGGGAAGAAGGUGAUUUAAAGUAAACCUGGGGUUGAAUCAAUGAGAAAUGUAUAUAACCGAAAGUGAAACAGCCUGUAGUACUUGUCCUUGAGGCUGUCGACGCAAACAAUAAAUGCCAGAGCUUUUGCUAUAGAGAGCCUCUUUCACAGUACUAUAGUAUAUGUAUCUUCUAUCUAUAAGACAUUGUGAAGAGA